AUGAGUGCCCCUAGCAAGUCUUUUAGGGAUGUAAAGAGUGUAAUUAACCUAAACAAACACCUGAACAAGCAGGUUUACGUUAAAUUCAGUGGUGGACGCGAAGUUCAAGGUACUCUUAAAGGUCAUGAUGCCAUGUCGAAUUUGGUUUUGGACGAUACUAAGGAGUUUCUGAAAGAUCCAGAUGAUCCGGAGAAAUUGACUGGAGAGACCAGAGAACUCGGUCUUUUGGUAGCACGCGGAACUUCGGUGACAGUAAUAUAUCCCAUAGAUGGUACAGAAAAGAUUGAGAACCCUUUUGUAGAUUACAGUGAUUAG